GCUUAAUGCAUUUAUGUGUAUUCAAUUGGACCACAUAUUCAUGAUGCAUUGAUGCAUCUCAAAGACGCAUCAGAGUUGAAUAAUUGAACAAGUGAAAUCGGAAGGUAAUGCAUUUUUCGUUCCGAUCUAAUCUGGGGUUCGUUUCCGGAUGCUUGUGCGUUGAGCUUUGACAGUCCGGAGAUGCUGGCCGAUGAGGCAAAAGCCUUGCUAGGGUUUUCCCCAGAUUGUCGCCCCUCUCCAUCUCAGGUUAAAACUGCUUAUAGAACAAAGGUAUGGGAAACUCACCCCGAUCGCUUUCCUGCUCAGGAAAAAUCACGUGCAGAGUAUAAGUUCAAGAUGAUCUCAGAAGCAUACAGUUGCCUACGCUCUGGUGCAAGAGCACAAAACUCCUCAUGUGCGGACGCAUCAUACUCAUAUGUUGUGCGGACUGGAGUUCCAAGAACGCACGGUAGGAGGGGGAAGCAGCUACUGGUUGGGCUUCCAUUCCUCUUGGUCAUCUUAGGUACAUUUUCACUGGCAGGAUCAAGUGUGGCAAGGGCUUACAGAAAGGAAAAACAGGCUCAUCCUUCUCACAAUCCUUUUCUUCCUUGAUCAAGCAGCAGCUGGAGGUGGCAUAUCUAUGUAUAGAAUAUACUUCGUACAUCGACAAAUAACAGACUUGGUUUUGAUUGACUAUAUGUUUGACUGCAUUAUGGGUCAAAUUGAUCUAUGUAUACAUAUAUAUAUAUUACUUCGUGUAUAGUAAUGAUCAAUGCAGGGAAUGGUCCGAGUAAUGAGGUGGAAUUACUCAUGCUUUUCUAUAGUCAAGUUUCCAAUCAUUGAGCAUUGGAAUACAAUCUCCAUUAUGAUGCACACUUCUCCUAACCAUUCCCUGCAAGUGUCACUAUUCUUUAUUAUUAUAGCAGAAAGGAAAACAAUCUUUUUUUUCUGUCUUUGAUUAGCUCAUUCACAGAAAGAUGUUUAUCUUCUUUGUUUACAAGAGAACAUUUUUAGUUCAAUUGUCAGUUGCUGAGUUUAUACUCGACUAUUGUUAUGCUUCAGAAGACGCGGCAGUAUAAGCCAUUGUUAUGUGUCCAUGAUUUUUUUAAAACAGAUA